AGAGCAACAUCGUUGGCCCGGUUGACUUCUCUCUCUCACCCGCGCUUGACUCUUCGCCAGGACAUUCCGAACGACCUCGUAUCCGAUUUCCAUGUCGCAUCCGAUGACUUGAAAUGGUUCCGGUUGGUGGCGGUGGCGGUUAAAGCAGUCCGCCCGGUUCUAGAUAUACUUACAACGCGAAACUCCCCCAUCCGGCGUCCAAAGCCGUGACUUGACUCGGCCGUUGACCUCCUAAUAUCGACACUUUUUUGAAGCUGCAAAUUCCAGUCACCAUGGCUCAGCCACAAUCACAACAACACCUCACCCAGUCCUUCUCCCCGCCGGGCUCCUCACCUUCACCUGGUGCCCCGUCGCCAGUGAAUGGAGGUGUCCCACCACCUUUCAAGCGGCAGCGCCUUUCACCUCUUCCUCAGUCUCAGUCUCCUUAUGCCUCACCUAGCUUUGGGACUCUUCAGCUGCCACAGCACCAACCCGCUCCCAUGAAUGGAGCCAAUAUGGGUAUGAACGGCAUGCCUCAAAGUCCGGCUCUUCCACCUCCGCCUCCAGGCGCAAUGGGACCCCCAUCUCGACCGGCAGAAAAGGCAACGGAUGCUGCUGAGCUGACUGACGUGCUGGCCUCAUCGGGUAUUGAUGUCCGGGAAGAGGAGGCUUAUCUGACAAGCAGUUAUUCUGGCCCUGGCGUGCAGGCUCAACAACCACCUCGCCCUCAACAGCCACCGAUCCCGCAACAGCAGCCACCACCGCCCGCUGUGAACACAUCUUUCACCUCACAAGCAUCUACGACCGGAACCGUUUCUACCACCCCUAGUUUCGGCGAACCGUUGCCAUACAAGCCGCCUACAACACAAGAUACUUACUACACAGAGCCGCCGCCCCAGCCUCCUGCUCCUUUUAAAGACCCCAAUGAACCAACGCGAGAGGACACUGAAGCAGCUAGGCGCGCACAGUAUCAUUUACAACACUCGUUUCUAUUGACCAAAGUUCUGGAGCAAAAGCUUCAGAAGCGUGGGUUUGAACUGGGUGUUCGUAUCCCGGCAGAGGGCCUGUACCAUCCCGUACCCGGCCGCCAACAGCCCAUCGAAGUUACUGGACCCGAUGGAUCAUCUAUCAUACGUUCUGGACAGACAAUCUUGAACCAAACCGGCGCCCCUUUACUGGAUAUCCUUAGUUUGAUGUCUAUUUCGUGUGAGGAGCGGCUGCGAACGGUGGUCGAUUAUUCUUCAACACUUGCUAGAAGUCGACGCGCACAUUCGCACGGAGUUGUUCCCGCUGAUUGGAAGGACGUGGCGGCUACGGCUAAUGCUGUCAAUGGGAAUGCUGAAAAUCCAAGCACUCCAGCCAAGCGACCAUUAUCAGCAACUGAGCCACAGGGUACCAAAUCAAUGUCUGAGAGGUACCGCCUGCUCAUGGACAAGGACAACUCGAGCGAAGAUGCCCGGGCUGCGAAACGUGCUAAGCGCAGUGCGAGUGCCAUUCUGGGAGAAGGCGGAGCAAGCCGGGCGGAAUCCGUCGAGAUUCCAGGUUCCGGUGCUUCUACACCGAUCGGGGAUAGGGCCCCUAGUCUUGAUAAAAAGGGGAUAUCCAAGAAGGAAGCCAGGAAGCUUAUUGAUGCGAAAGCCAGCGAGGCCCAGCAACAUCAGCAGUCGGUGGAGACCGCACGACUGGCUACCAACAGCAUGCUGUCUGGUCGCAUGUUCGGAACUAAGAAAUCUUACUCUUGGCUGAAUCGCGGGUCAGCAACCGGCAGCGGAUUCUCCACGCCAUCACGCGUCAACACUGCCACGCCGCCUGCUAGCACCGACAAGCCCGGGCGCUCCGGUGAGCCCGCAGCUGCGCCCGCGAAACGUCUGGGCACCUGGCGGGAGGACAAGGACAAGGGCGCCGGCAUCCAGGUCCGCGACGUCCUAUUUAUGCUUGAGCUGGAUGGCAGAGGCCCCCGGCACGUCCAAAAAGCGUACUCAAAGGAUGUGAAGGAGGACCGAGCAGAUUGA